CGUGUCAUCAUUCGCGAGGACCCUCAGGCGGUCUCGGUGUACAUCGCCGAAUACAUCGUUAGUCGCAUCAAGGCUUUCAAGCCAACUGAGAGUCAGCCCUUUGUGCUGGGCCUUCCCACCGGUAGCAGUCCGGAGAUCAUCUACAAGAUCUUGGUCCAGCGCCACCGCGCUGGCGAGAUCUCAUUCAAGAAUGUCGUGACCUUCAACAUGGAUGAAUACGUCGGUCUGCCCCGCGACCACCCCGAGUCAUACCACAGCUUCAUGUACAAGCACUUCUUCUCGCACGUCGACAUCCCACCACAGAACAUCAACAUCCUGGACGGCAAUGCGCCAGACCUGGCCGCCGAAUGUGCCUCAUUCGACGCCCGCAUCGCCCGCUAUGGCGGUAUCGAGCUCUUCCUGGGUGGCGUCGGACCCGACGGACACAUUGCCUUCAACGAGCCCGGAUCAUCACUGGCCAGCCGCACGCGCGUCAAGACCCUCGCCUACGACACCAUCCUCGCCAACUCGCGCUUCUUCGACAACGACGUGAACCAGGUGCCACGCAUGGCCAUGACCGUGGGUAUCCAGACGAUCAUGGACGCGCGCGAAGUCGUCAUCGUCGCCACGGGUGCACACAAGGCCUUCGCCGUGCAAAAGGGCCUCGAAGACGGCGUGAACCACAUGUGGACUCUGUCCGCGCUGCAACUGCACCCACACCCGCUGGUCGUCUGCGACCGGGACGCCACCCUGGAAUUGAAGGUGAAGACGGUGCGGUACUUCGAGUCCAUUGAGCAGGCGGGCACGGAUGCGCGCACCCAGGGUCCCCCACUGGUCUACCGGCCUCGCACCCAAGAAGACUACCCCCGUAUGGCGCCCACGCCUGACCGCACACCCGUCAAGGUCCCCAAGGACCUGCGCAUCAACACGGAGCUGCACCGGGCCAUGGAAGAAGAUGAGUUGACGCCUGAUAGCAUGUCAUCGCGGAUGGUGGACUCGGCUAUUGGCGGGCUGGAUGGAGCCUUGAAGAAUGAUUUGAUCUUUGAUCGAAUGGGUGCUCGCAUGACGGCUUUGUAA